CAUUAUUUCUACUGCAAGGCCAACAAUGGCGCCUAGGGUUUCCUUGAGGAGCAGCAGUGGCAAGGGCAAAAAGGCAGCGAAGGCGCAGGACGAAGGAUCAUCCAAGAUGCAAGUCGUAAAGGAGUGGAGCACGUGGGCCGUGAAGAAGGCCAAAGUCAUCACUCACUAUGGCUUUAUCCCUCUUGUGAUCAUCAUCGGCAUGAACUCCGAGCCCAAGCCCCACCUCUAUCAGCUCCUCAGCCCCGUCUGAUCUUCUCACUUUCUCUAAGUUUUUAUCGUUAUUUCUGUCCGAUUAUGUUUUGCCUUUGUUGCCCCAUUUGUCGAAUCCACACCGCUUUAUGUUACUUUAGUGAAACCCACAAGUUAAUUGUAAGACUAUGGAUUAAUGUGUUAGAAUUUUAUUUGGAAUAUUGAUAGUAGAUUUCAGUUUCCUGUCCAUA